AUGGAACCCAGUCCUUCACAUUUAUGCUCCUAUGCUUUACCACUGAGCUUCAGAGAACUAGAUGUUGAUCCUGAGCAUUCCUCACCUAAAUUUGUGACAAGCAUCCCACACACAGUAUCCCACAUACAGUAUCUGUAUUUAUUUGCGGGUGGGGGGCGACACUGACUCAAACGAAAAGCACUCUGGUAUUGUGUGUUUUAACAAAACCAGGCGAAUAGAUACUGUACUUUGAAAUUCUUACUGGUAUAAAUUAUGAUUUUUACCCUUUUUAGUACCCAGCGGAUGCGUGACUCCUGCAUGGUGAGUAUGUAUUACAGAUGUCAGUUAUGGCCGCACCAUGGCAUACCGGUCAGGAGGACUGUGAGAGUAAACCAGAUAGAUGCUUUUGGUUGGAUGGGUGGGAUACACGAAGGCGCAAUAUGAUGACAGCCAUAUGCUACUACAGCAAAG